AUGUGUCAGAGGACUUGUCUAAUUAGCGGCAAAAAGCAUCAAAUUGUGAAUGAUGAGAACAAGCUGGAAUUUUACAAUGAUUUUUUUCAUGUUGUCGCCAUUUCUCCUUCAGGUGUGUUCAUUAUAUUUGCCAACUGCAUUGAGCACAUCAAGGUUGACGAAGCUCUUGUUGACUAUCCACGCACUGCAUGCUCGCCACCUACUUCACAUGGAUUAUCCGGUCUAAACCAAACUAUGUGUGAUUUCUGCCUCUCAUCACAGGCUACAUUUCUCAUAAUGCCAUUAACCUCAUCCGCGGGAAAGCAUGCAUGUUGUUUCGGAUGGGAAAGAGAUGGGAGAGAAAGAGGAGGAAAAGAGGGCCAAAAAGGAAGAAAAAUGGUUUUGUCCUGUUCAUCCACUGCCACUGAUGUCCUUUUCUCGAAAAUGAAUUACAUUUCCUUCUUUUCUCUAAUCACUUUGUUAAUUAUAUCCGUUGCAUCCAAUUUGGCUAAAAUGUACGUGACUUGGCAUUACAUUCACUGUAUUCUUCUUCAUCGUCCACGUGCUGUAGACUUCUUCUUUAGAAAAUGUCUAGGCCAUCUUAAUCCAAUCGUGCCAUUCAAGACGUUUCACUUGAGCACUUAA